UGGUGGGAGAUGCAGAUUGGAUUGGAUCGAAAGGACUCGAUUAAUUAAAUAGUUUUUUUUUUUUUUUUACUUCCCUGUUGCCAUUGCAUUCUCAUAUUCCAAUAACUUCCUCUAAAAACAAGCAUAAGGUGAUAAUGAGAAAAGGGAAAAGAGGCAAGAAAAGCAAAACGACAGGAAAAACUACUAGUAAAAAUGUUCCCACGAGAAACGUAUUUGUGGACGAUGAGAUAUUUGAAGAUGACGGCGAACUUGACCCUGAAGACUUGGAGUAUUUUCAAGAUUCCGGCAGGAGUUUUGCCUUUUUGCAACAAGUGGAAGCAGAGCUCCCAAGUAGUGGAAAGAAAAGAAAAAGAAAGCAAACUGCGGAUGAGGAAAGAGAGGCCGAUUAUGAGAAGAAGCCUAGAACAGCACCAUUAGAGCAGGAUCACAAGGAAAGAGCCUUACUCCCAAUCAAAACUAAAGACAGUGUUAUACAGAGGAAGGAGAAGAUUCUUAAAACAGGUCAUUCUCUUCAAAAUGGGGGUGUGGAUUCAGAGGAACAAGCUCUAGAAGUGUCGCCAGUCCCUUCAGCACCUCCACCGGUUUUAAGUAUGGUUGAACUCUUUAAUCAAAGACGACAGAAGCUGAUCCAAAGAAAACAUAGGAUUGCGGAGUUAUCCAACAGCAUUUUGGAAAACCCUGAAGGCAGUGUAUCAGAGCUUCAGGAGCUUUGUUCCAUGUGCUACGAAAAAGAGGCCGAUAUCAGAAUAACAACAAAAAAGCUGGCAAUGGUUUCUUUAUUGACAGUGUUCAAGGAUAUCAUACCUGGAUAUCCAAUUAGGACAGCUUCAGAGAAAGAGCAAGGUGUAAAGCUAUCCAAAGAGGUGAAAAAACUGAGAGAUUAUGAGCAAGGGCUUUUGAAAAACUAUCAAAAAUACUUACAGAUUUUGGAAGAAACAGUACAAGAGUGUGUUAAAACUCAGAAAAGAAGUUCUAAAAAUGGAUUGAUUGACAAAAAAUCAUCAUCUGAGAGUUUGAUGCUUGUAACAGUUCAGUGUAUGUGUGAUCUACUGACAUCUGUGCCUCACUUUAAUUUCCACACAAACCUUAUUGCAGUACUUGUACCUAGAAUGAAUGAAAAAUCUCUUGAUGGCGAGAUUUCAGAGUUGUGCAGUAAUGCCUUUAUAUCAUUGUUUAAACAAGAUACAGUGGGAAGUGUUUCCCUUGAGGCUGUCCGAGUAAUCAGUAAAUUUGUAAAGAGUAAAGGAUUUCGAGUUCAACCCUCUGUUUUAGAAACAUUCCUUCAUUUAAGAAUUAGUCAGAUAGAUAUCCAGUCGCUUAAACAGCAUAAUGAGAAGAAAUCUGCAGUGGAACUGAAGAUUGAGAAAAACAAGAAUCGAAUGGAGAAGAAGUUGAAAGGAAAGAUUUCAAAGAAAGAGAAAAAGCGAAAGAGAGAAAUGAAAAAGUUAGAGAAAGAAAUGCAAGAAACUGAAGCUGUUGAAAGUCAACAGAAACGAGCCAAGUUGCAAACAGAGAUCCUGAAGUUCGUGUUUGUGACGUACUUCCGAGUAUUAAAGACAGUUGGACACUCGCCACUCUUGUCCCCAGUACUCGAGGGACUCGCCAAGUUUGCACAUCUCAUCAAUGUCGACUUUUUUAAUGAUCUUAUGGGAGCUCUUCGUACACUUCUAGACAACAAGGAGCUUACCCUGAGGGAGACUCUCAACUGUGUACUCACAGCAUUUAAAAUUCUAUCAGGCCAAGGGGAAGCUCUGAACAUCGAUCCUCGAGAAUUCUACAGAAUGUUGUACUUGUCGCUGCUGCAAGUUCAUGCAGGAAGUAGCAGUGAAGAUGUUCCAGUGGCAUUGCAGUGUCUGGAAGAAAUGUUAAAAAAGCGACGCAAGCAGGUUCCUGUGCAACGCGUGGCUGGUUUUGUGAAGCGCCUCUGCACUGUAAGCUUACAGUCUGAAGCCAACAGUUCAAUGGCUUUUCUCGCCUACGUUAAGUCAUUUCUUCAGUCUCACACUAAGGUACAAGCGCUACUUGACAGUGAAAGCAUGGGCACUGGUGUGUUUAGACCAGACGUAAAUGAUCCCGAGCUCAGCAAUGCUGAUAGCGCGACGGUUUGGGAAUUGGCUAUGUUGGGGACUGGGCACUUUCACCCAGCUGUUCGCUUAGUGGCUCAUCAUGUUGCUGAAGGAGCGCCAAGUAAAGGCUCCGGUUCCUCUAUGAUGAGGAUGUCACCCAACGAUUUCUGGACAAAGUAUGACCCAUCUGAAAUGAAACUUAAUCCUGAUUUAAAAGAGAAUGAAUUGAACCGGAAAGGAAUGACCUUUAAAAGAAUAAAACAUAUGGAAGAUGGAGAAUGGAAAAACUCUGAUAUGGUUUCAGCAGUUAAAGAAGCAUUGGACUUUACUGAAGCCAGUCGCGGAUUAGAAUUCUCUUUUCCAGUGCUUAACGCUGAGAGGUAGCAUCAAGAGUUGUCAGGACUUGAUUUUUAUUUGAAUCACCGCCACAGCUCGAGUAAUAGUCAGGAAUCUAUUUCAAGUCAGCGAAAAUAGAAUUUUGAGGAAAAGUGAUAGGAAAUUGACAUUUAAACAGUGGAUCAUUGAUAUUUCUCCUCUUCGUCCAUUUCAAAUGUGCUAUUGUGCUGUGUUGAUAACGAUCGAAAUGCGCCGAUCACAGUUGUCGGGAACCAACCACAGCAGAACAUCGCGUUUCGAGUGUGACACGUGACCAGUCGAAACUCAUCGCCAGAUAAAGGUUAAUCAGUGCACAGUCAAAACGUCACGAUCUGUUAAAACAGGUGACUACUCCCUAAGACAGACUUUAUUACUUUAUUGUUCUAGCUCUUUUUCGUGUUGUUGCUGCAGUGAUUAAUUGUUUAAAAUACUCACUAUCUUAUGGAGAAUCGUCUCCUCCGACAAAAUUUAUCUCAACAUAGAUUUUUAAGAAGCUAGGUUGACGGCUUUGAAAGCAGAGUUGACUUAUUUUCUGAAAGAUCUCUCUGUGAACUUUAUCGACAAUGCAGCGAAGUCUCUCAAUUCUGAAGACAAAUUAAAUAAUCUGACAACUCAACUGCUUUUUCUUCGAAACGAUUAUUUUCUCCACUUGCAGCUGGUUUUGUAUACGAAUCCGCCGACAGCAUAAACUAUCUCCAAUGCUACACGGUUUAUUCAUGAGGAAAUACUUAGCUUCCGUUUCCCAACUUCAUCUUGAAAGAAAACUUCAAACGAGUUUUGACAAAGACGAACUAAUCAAAAUCUUCAUAUUAAGCUGUAUUUCUGAAAUAACUCCAUCAAUAACCCAACUAAAAUUGAAUCCAAUUACAAAAACAUACUCAGUGAAGUAAAAUUUACAGUUCCUUUGCUUUAA